CGCAGCAUUUGCGCACAGCUUCAGUUGGUGGACCGUGUUGCUUUGCUCGCGAGUCCCUUUUUCCCAGUUCACUGGCAUCGCGAACUGGGAGUUCGACCUCGAGACAGCCAACUGUUGCAAGUUGCAAGUUGCAAAUAUCAGGCUUCCUGCUCCAAUUACUGGCUAUAGUGCAUAAAAAUUCGGGUGUGUAAUUAAAUAAUGCCAAAAUAAACUGGUUGUAUCGAAGGUCGUCAUGAAAAACACAUUUUAUUCAAGUUUUUCGCAUCUACAAACGAAAUAGUUUAUUGAAGUUGCAAAUAUAUUAUUACACAGACCAUGGCCAAUUCUAAACGAAAACUACCAACGAAAGCCAAUAUUUCGGACUCUAACACCACUUUGGAUAAAGAAACCACCAGCCCAGCUGAAAAAACAAAGACAGAUCACAUUUCCGAUUCUAAAAAGGACUGCACUUUAAUAAACAGCUUUUUCAGACAUGGUCUUGGCCAUGAUUUGGAAAACUUUAAGAGUGUGACCAACUUUAGCAGAUGGCUGGAGAGACCCGUGGAUGGAGCUGCCUUGGGAAUCUUUCGGAUGCUGUACGGAGCAGCCAUGUUGAUCGACAUUGCGGAGGAGCGUGGCGGCGGCCAGUUGGAUGUGAGGUUUGGGGAGCCUCUGCACUGCCACUUUCCGCUAAUCAAUGGAAUGAGGGCCUUGGAUUAUCCCUUGAUGGGCUGUGUCUACCUUUGUAUGUGGCUGGGAGCAUGGGGCAUCAUGCUGGGCUACCGAUUCCGAGUCAGCUGCCUAGCCUUCCUGGUGCCCUACUGGUACAUCUUCCUACUGGACAAGCCGACGUGGAAUAAUCAUAGUUACUUGUUUGGAUUGGUGGGUACAUUGCUAUUAUUCACCCAGGCGGAGGCUUACUGCUCUCUGGACAACUGGCUGCAUCCUCGGAAGGAUCCCUGCAUACCCUAUUGGAACUACUUCCUCAUCAAAUUCCAGUUUUUUGUGUUGUACAUGUACGCCGGCUUGAAGAAGUUCUCCCUGGAAUGGCUCUCCGGCUAUGCAAUGUCCAAUCUCAGUCAGCAUUGGGUCUUUGCUCCCUUCCGCCAAAUGCUGGAUCCUGAGUUAAUAGAUCUUCUGAUUGUCCACUGGUUCACGGCUUUCUUUGACCUGUCCAUAGCAUUUUUCAUGACCCUGGAGAAGACUCGACUCUUGGUCACACCUUUCAUGAUCAGUUUCCAUCUGAUGAACUCCAGAUUGUUUGUGAUAGGUAUGUUUCCGUGGGUUUGCCUGGCGGAAGUUCCACUCUUUUUCAGCUUCGAUUGGCCGCGAAGACUUUGGGCUUCAAAGAGCCAACUGCAAUCCUCUGACCCAAAGCAGCCGGGAAUCCUGUCCAGGUUAAGCACAUGCCUCAUUUUAGGCUACUGCGCCUUACAGCUCUUCCUGCCCUAUUCCCACUUUAUCACCAAAGGAUACAACAACUGGACCAAUGGGCUGUAUGGCUACUCCUGGGACAUGAUGGUACAUUCGUACGAUACGCUACAAACCUCCAUCCAGGUGGUGGACAAUGAGAGCCGCCAGGUACACAACCUUAACCCCUUCGCCUUUACGGAGUACGAUCGUUGGACCAAGUACGCGGAUAUGGCGGUGCAGUAUGCCAAGUGCAUAGAGGAGAACCUCAAGGUGGCGCAGCACCCGGCGAUCGGGAGCAACAUUUCCAUAUACUUUGACAUCUGGUGCUCCAUGAAUGGACGCUUCCAGCAGCGUUCGUUUGAUCCGCGGGUGGAUCUACUGAAAGCCAAGUGGUCACCCUUUGAGGUAACCUCCUGGUCCCUGCCUUUGCUCACAGAACUGAAUCACAUGCGACCCAAGCUGCGGACCAUUGAAACCGAAGUCCUGGCGUGGAAUAACUACUCGGAUGUGGUUUUCGUGGCCGAUUUUCCCGGCCUGACCUUGACCAACUUCAUCUCACCGGAUCUGAUCAACUGCACCCUCACCAUACUUGAAGGCAAUGUGCGCUACAGCAACGAACAGGACCCGGAGGUAUAUUUCCUAACGGCAGGCAAGAGCAUCUGUCUGGACAGCAACAUCACACAUUUGGUGACGACCAUUGGUCAGAAGCCGGCGUCGUAUCUUUUCACCUACACCAACAAAACGAUGCUGGAGCAGGGAAUGGAAUCAAUGGACGAAAAAGCCGGUACAGAUACGGAGGAGAGGCCCCUGCUGCCGUUGUGGCAUGAGUUCCAGCAGCGGGUAAGCAACUACCAACAGUUCCUGGGCCACAUAGGGAACUGUUUGUUGUAUCUGAUCUACGACGUGCCCAUUCCGCUGGCAGUCCGGGAGAGAGAUUGAGAAAGAAUCUUGACUAAUGUGCCAGUUUCGGGGUUUUCGUAACUUGUUUGAUUUUCUACCAAUAUAUUAAGGACUAAUCCUUUUCUUUUUAGAUCCUUAUACACUUUUACACCUUAAGAUUUUAACCUAUUCCAGUUACAAACCUAAGAGCUUCAAAUCUAAAUUACAUAUUUCUUGAAAGAAUCGAAUUUAGGCCGGAACUUAUACCAACUAUUUACAUCGACACACUCGAAAAACCACCUGCAUUUAAUACCUACAUAUUUCAUAAAGUAUAUUCUAAUGACUACUAUUAAAUUACAUUUUUUAAACAUCCAUCAAACAAGUAAUCUGAAGAUGAACCCCGAAACUGGCCACCAU